AUGGCCAGUCAGAGUACCCAGGCUUGUGGCGACCAGCUGGUAAUUAUUGGAACGUCAGAAGGAACGGCUGAAGGCACACGGGAUACCCAGACAGGAAGCCACGAGAUGAUAGCUACUGGAGUUAAGCGUAAGGCAGUGGGACCUGCUGCAUCUGCUGGUCAGCCACUCGCGAGAAGAAGAGAAGAAGAAGCAGGUGUUGGAAUCGAUGAUGUACCCAACGCACUAGAGUUGACAGUUGACACAAUGGAAAACAUUCGACAGAGCGAAUUUCAAACUAAAGUUGUACUUCCUUCAGAUGACAAACAUAACACAAACAACAUUGUUGCGAUGGCUAUGGAGUUUGAAGCCAAGCACAGAGAAUGUGUCCGUGUUUUAACAUACACAUAUGAUGGUCAUGUCAAGGUUAAGUUGUAUGUGCUUUCUGGAAAGUCUGGCAUACCUGAAACAUUGAAAGCUGCUGCUCAAGAUUGCUUUACGGAGAUGGACGUGAAACUUGAAUGGUUAGAUCUUUACAGGGAUGCAGAUGAAAUUAUCAAGAUCAGACCUCUCGAGUAUUCAUCUGAUAUGCAGCAGGUGUUGAAUGACUCUCAAGUGAAUGAAAUUAACAAAGUUAUAUCUGAAAAUCUCCAUGUUCUUGUCAGGCAUCAUAACAUCACUGCUGUGCAACCCUCACUUAAAAUCACAAAUUAUAAGCAGACGGGAACCCCUUGUAUCACAUUAUAUGUUCUGGGUAAGGGUGUCGUCCCAGAUGGUGAAUAUCCCUUCCCAGUCACUCUUGGUUCUUAUCCAGUGGAUGUUGUGGACGGAAUUUGGUUCAGAACUGCUGAUCUUUGGGCGCCAGAAAAAGCACAGGAACAAGACGAGGUACUUUGUUUGGGAGCAAGUAUUGGUGUGCAAGGAGAGGAUGCAGCCGGGACCUUAGGCGCCAUUGUGAAAGAUGAUGAAACCUCUUAUGUACUGUCCUGCGAUCAUGUUAUGAGACAUAGUACAGAGCUAAAGAUAAUUCAUCCUUCACUGAAGGAUCAUUUGAAUUAUCUGAAUUACCAUUUAAAAGAGUAUGGAAAGUGGAUUGAUCUCAUCAUUACAAUGGAAAGUCACUUCGAACUGGCAGACCAGCUCUCAUUUGGCCAUAUUGCAGGGUUGGAAGAGUUGUCAAAUAAAUUUCAAGAGCUAAGAGGGAUCAAAGAAACCCACCAAGACAAUGCAAGGGCGACGAGGAGGAAAUUGGAGGCUGUAAAGCUGCAUGAAGAAGCUUUUGAGAGAGGUUUGACGCCACCCAGAGUCAUAGCAAAAUUCUCUGUUGGCAUCUGUCGUAAUGUGACUUGGAAUGAUGGUCAACAAUACUUCGUUGAUGCUGCCCUAGCUGAGUUGACUCCAGAAGAAGUUGAUAGUUUAAGACAGAGUCAAACAGCUGAAAUGAUUGGAACAGCAGAUCAUCCAAGUGGGGAAUGUAGUUCAAGACUCAAAGCCAAGGGGGAACUGUGCAAGAGCGGCCGAACCACAGGAUUCACAAACUUUGGUCGUCAUGUGCAACCAUCUGUUUUUCUCCGUGCUUCUUUUGGUAAAGUGAAUGACCAAAAUGAUGCUUUGUUCAGUGUUCUUAAAAGAGUCAAACUCUGUCAAAAUUGUAAGGAAAGAUCUGGAAUCCAAGAGGAAUUAGAGUCUACUACCCCUCCUUGUGACUCUUGUGAAAAAGACAUAGCCACUCUAUGUGACAGUCUUUGGUGGAAGAACUGCUUCUGCAUAGACUAUAUGUUUCAUUUUGGUGUGGAUAAAUUUUUUGCCACGGAAGGAGAUUCUGGAGCAGUACUCUUUGAAAGAAAUGAAAAUGGAAAUCUUCAAGCUUUUGGCAUUAUCUUUGGCGAGCUUCAAUGUUCACAUAAGCUAUUCACUUUAGCCACACCAGUGCAAAUUGCUCUUAAAAGCUUAUCCAGCGAGAUCUCCGAGAAUACCAACUUGACACUGCUUUCAACCUAUGAGUGA